AUGCUCGACGACGCCAGCGCGGCUGAGGCCCCACGGGGCGGGCUGAGGGCCGCCAGUUCCUUAGAGGGGUCUCAGCGGCUUCGCACUCGGCCCUGGUGGCUUCCAGCGCAGGAGCUGGGCGACCCUUCGGUGUUCCGCUUGGAAGCGUGGCUGGCAGACUUAUUCUUUGGUCCAGACCGAGCCGUGGUUCCAGAAAUUGAGUGGAUGACCCAGGCCCUGCUGGAGGUGGACUUAGUGGACUCCGGGAACCUAGUCGAAGUCGCCGUCUUCGGCCGGCCCCGUGUGCGGAAUCGGGUGCGGAGCAUAUUCCUGUGCCUGGCGCGGCUAUACCGGGAACGUCGUGCCCAAGCUGAGAAGAUCAAACACCUGGAGAACUUGAAGGCCCAUGCAUCAAGUCCCCAAUCCCCGACACCCUGCUGCUUAAGGAUUUUUGUGGUCAACGUCAGACCCUCAAGCACAGGUGCAGAUAAUCUCACAAAUGGUGAUUUGUUUGGGGGUCUUGUUGUUGUUGUUGUUUACAUUAUAGGUUCUCAAACUUUAAAGCUUGCACCGGUGCGUUCCAACUCGCAGGCCAAGACUGUCAGCAUUCGUCAGGCUGCGCUGCCCGGAGACUGGCUUGCGGAGAGCUCCUACCUCAAGCCCGUUGUCUUACGUUUUCACCAGGCUGCACAGGUGUCCUGCGUGAACCGGAGUGUUUUCCCUUACAUGUGA